GGCAACGUUGCAUUGUCUACUCAAACUGCCGAGAAGUCUCAAACCCCCGUACCACGGGCUGGGCAAUAAACUGGACGAAGUCCGAGCCGAGCUGUCCAUCGCCGAAAUACUCAUCAUCGAUGAGAUUUCCAUGGUGUCGAAAGACCUCUUCGCCUACGUGAAUGCCAGGUUGAAACAAAUCAAAGGAAUUAAUUUACCUUUCGGUGGCAUGUCUGUUCUUGCUGUUGGAGAUUUCUUUCAGCUCCCUCCCGUGAGACAGUCCAAACCUCUGUGCGUGUACGAUCCUACGCGGCUGGACCACUGGCGUGACGACUUCAAAAAGAUCACGCUCACCGCCAUCAUGAGGCAGAAAGACGAUGUCGCCUUUGCCGAACUGCUGAACCGACUCCGCGUCAAAGAAAAGUCAGAUGAACUGUCGGAAAUGGACAGAGCUCUCCUUGCCACGAGGUACACUUCCCCAGAAAUGUGUCCAAAGCAUAUUCUGCAUGUUUUUGCCACCAAUAAACAGGUGGAUGGCCAUAACUCUGCGAUGCUGGAACUGCUUCAUAAGGACAUUGUGCAGAUUGACGCGGAUGACUACAAGAAAGACAAAGGAACUGGCAGAAUGGCAAGGCAAGCUUCCCCUGUGCAAGGCGCUAAGAAUGAGCUCCCGGACUCCAUCAAAGUUGCCCUGGGUGCUCGUGUUAUGAUCACACGGAACGUUGAUGUUCAAUCAGGUCUGUGCAACGGGAUGUUUGCAAAAGUUGUCAAAUUGGUGAACUAUCCAAAUGAAGCCCGUGUCCAGAAACUUGGGUUGGAACUCGAUCAUGUGAGUAACAAUGCGCGUGCUGCUAACCCCGUGUACAUUGACAGACUGGAGGAGAAGCUGAACAAGGCUGGAGUGACGCGCCGACAGUUUCCCAUCAAGCUUGCUUUUGCCUGCACGAUCCACAAGGUACAAGGCAUGACAACGUCACAGGCUGCAGUUUCGCUGAAAGGUGUUUUCGAACACGGCAUGGGGUACGUAGCUCUGAGUAGAGUGACUUCGCUCAGUGGUCUGCAUAUUCUGCAUAUGGAUGAGAGAAGGCUUCAUGCAAAUCCACAAAUCACUGCUGCUCUUGCUGAGAUGGCAGAGGAUUCUUUGGAGAGCGUCAUGCCCCUCCUUCACGUGAUGCCGUCGGUAGAUCGGGCAAAUCACCUGGUUGUCGUCCAUCAUAACACCGAAGGGCUGUCUUGUCACGUGCAAGAUAUCGUGUCUCAUCACGAACUGCUUUUCGCUGAUGUUUUGUGCUUCACAGAGACACACCUCCAAGGAUCAGUGGCCGAUGGACGUGCUUGCUUGGAAGGCUACACGAUGUUUUGCAGGAACCGAAGUGAUUCUUACACAAACUGUCCUGACUUGGCGACAAAACGUGGUGGCGGCGUAGGUAUUUGUGUCAAAAGUCACAUCGCGGCCCAGGAAAAGAAAUACGUUCAGGGUGUGACCGACAUUGAAUUUGUUGUGGUGAAACUUGAAGAUCCCCUCAAUGUGUUGAUUGCUGCCGUUUACAGGCCUCCAGGCAACAGUCUGCGCACUUUUCUGCCAAGCUUGGGAAAUCUCUUGCGGUACCUUGAAGUAAUGGAGCAUCAUCAGAUCUUGGUAUGUGGAGAUUUUAAUGAAGAUAUGCUAUCUGCCUCAUUCAAGCCCAUUCUUGAUUUGUUCCGCUCGAAAGGCUACACGCAACUCAUAGCCACUGCUACCACUGACAAAAACACAUUGCUUGACCUCAUUUUUGUCUCUCGACCUCAGUGUGCCCUUCAUUCAGGUGUCCUGCAAACGUACUACAGCUAUCACAAUCCUGUUUUCUGUGUUUUGACCAGUGAAAGGUAAGUCACAGCUAAAUCAGCAUUUUCUAAAACAACAAGGAUGGAAAUCGAAACGUCAACGGUGUCGUAAGUGUAUAAUAAUAGUGGUGGGAUGCGGUGGGUGAUUUGUUGACUUGAGGAGAGAUGGGAUCCAGAGUGGAAGUGCUCAUUACUUGACCUCUUUUUCUUUCUCUCGACCUCUGUGCUCUUUAUUCAGGUUCCGUGCGAACAUACAACAGCUAUCACAAUCCUGUUUUCUGUGUUUUGACCAGUGAAAGCUAAGUCAAAUCUAUAUCAUGUUUUUCAGUAGUUGGAAAAACAACGAGGACAGACGUCGAAUGGCGUAAGUGUAUAAUAUUAGUGGUGGGAUGUGGUGGGUGAUUUGUUGACUAGAGAUGAAAUGGGAUCUGGGGCUCAGAAUGGUAAACGUAAUGUUGCCAUUAGCCUCACAAUUUCCACAUAGAAAAUAACUACCAACCCAUGUGGAUAGCGAUAGCUGGAAAAGCAGCUUUAUACUGAUAAUAUAAAUUGGUGGCAAUGAAAUCCACCCCUAUUUUGGACACUGAGGUUUGUGCAUGAUGCUAGCAAUAAACCUGUUGCCUGGCUGGCAUUACAAAUGGAGAAAACAUCGAAUUGGACAAUACUUAUCGAUGGCAAAGGUUUGCUUGACGCGAGAAACAUGCUUCAGAGUGAGUGAAGGGGAGACGGAGAGGAGUGGCCUUUUUAACUUGGAUUCACUUUUAUCAUUUUUAAAUGGUCCCAGGCAAAUCAUAGAAGAGUGAUAAAUGGAAACAAACCGUGAGUAAAGCCUUACAUGAAACUGUCAUUAAAAAGUAUCAUGAGUAAAGGUGGUCAUACAUGUAAAGACAAGGACAGUUGAUGUAGCUGAACUCAUGUCUGUGGUGGUAAGUUGAGAUGGGCCUGUAUGUUGAGAUGGAAUGGGGGUUGUUGUGGACUCAAGUUCAGUUAAGGGAAGGCCAAGGCUUUUGAAAUUUUCUACAAGCCUUCCCUUAACUUGAUGUAACUUUUUAAAAUUUUAAACUUUUUAGACUUUUUAAUUAGCUUUCAAAAAGUCUUCCCUUAACUCAAGUUGAUUUAACUUUUUAACUUGUAACAUUUUUAACUUUUUAAACUUUUAACUUAAAAUGCUCACUUUCUAAAUUUUUAACUCUUGUAACAUUUUUAACUUUUUAAACUUUUAACUUAAAAUGCUCACUUUCUAAAUUUUUAACUCUUGUAACAUUUUUAACUUUUUAAACUUUUAACUUAAAAUGUUUCACUUUCCAAAUUUUUAACUUUUGAAACUUUUACAUUUUUUAAACUAUCUUAGACGAGUUAAGGGGAGACUUUUUAACGUUUUACAUGUUUUUAUUUCUGAUUUUAGUUAUAGAAAGGCCUUUUAAACUUUUUUUUUUUAAUUGUUUUUCACAUUAAUUACUUCAUUUUUUUAUGUAUUAUAUUUUUUCUACGUCAUAAUCGUGAGGCGACAACAGAAAACAGACGAGUUCAUUUUAUGUGGCGAAAGCAGCUCAUCCACAGUCCACUGACCAAAGACAUCCUCUCUUCGGCCAUGUACCAGCCAAAUGCCGCCUUAAGUCCAGGAAAAGUUUUCUGAAAAGUGUCCCACCCCUCAGAACGCCGAACACAGGCAGUGAAAGAGUCACUCGGCGGGAAGAAAGACUUGACAAUCUUCCACCAGAAACUACAAUGGAGCUUAAAGCAAGCGAGGCAAUGACCCCAGGAGCAGACACCAACUAUGUAUGCAACGUGGAAAUGCCUAAAUAGACUAAGAUCUGGUGUUGGACGUGCAAAAGUCACUCUCGCCAAAUGGGGACAUCUGGAGGAUCGGAACAGCGAGUGUGACUGUGGCACUGAACCACAGACCAUGCAACACCUCCUCAUGUGCCCCUGCUGGAACAUCCCUGCACAGCAUCGAAUUUAGCAGAGUUUAACGAGAAGGGACAGAAAUGUGUUCAGCUGUGGCUCAACCACAUCUAGCCAAGCCUGUAACUAACUGCCUUGUAGCCACGAUAAGAAGAAGCUCAUCCCAGAAUCGAGGCCAGAGGUAGCCAUGACAUAUUACUUUAUUGUAAUAGGGCAACAGUUUCAAGAACACCUGUACAAGGGAGGCCUGCAUCAUGGAACACAAACUCCCAAACACACAUGACUUCUCCUGCUUCUUCUCACAGCGAGAGCCACGCAUUUCAAGAAGACUUGUACAAGGGAGGCCUGCAUCAUGGAACACAAACUCCCAAACACACAUGACUUCUCCUGCUUCAUCUUAUGUUCCUGGGUCUUGCCUGUGGUUCUACAUGCAUCCAGUCAUGCAGACAGAGAACACCUUAGCCUUUAACUGUCGGAAGCUGUCCCUCUGCGAGGCCUCAUAGUAUAGUCUGUUUUCUGUUCUCAUUCAUUCAUUCAUUCAUUCAUUUAUUUAUUUAUUUAUUUAUUUAUUUAUUUAUUGAUUUAUUGAUUUAUUGAUUGAUUGAUUGAUUGAUUGAUUUAUUGGCCUUUCUAUAUUUCUUUGCCUUAAAUUUUGUUUAUUAAGUUUUGUGUUUCCAAUAUGUGCAUGUUCAUUUCAUCACAUACAAGUCCAGUCCAAUGUAUACGUUCUUGUUUGUCAUUUUGUAUGUUCAGUAUUUAUUGAGUCAGUUAAACAUUUUAUCUAUUUUUUUUAUUAUUUAUAAGAUUUCACGCAUUAUAUAUUCCAUUCUGCCCAAAACAACUAAUAUCAUGCUGUAUUUUGGUUCCAAAAAGCACCAUGCAACUGUUUUUUUUCCUUCUUGUUUAGAAGGAAAAGUGUAAAGUGUAUGUUGACAACUUAUGUUGUGAUUUGUCGUAUAAAAUAACCUGUUUUGAAUGACAUUAUUCAUAAUUGACAUUUAUUUAAUUCUUUCUUUAAUAGAAAAUAGGUCUUUUCUGUGUUGAUAUGAAACUGUAAUUAAAUACUUAUUUUUGAUUUUAA